AUGGCCGCCUCCACCCUGUCCGUCUGCUCCAGCGACCUGAGCUACGGUGGCCGCGUCUGCCUGCCCGGCUCCGGCGACUCCUGCCCCGACCCCUCCUGGCAGGUGGACGACUGUCCCGAGAGCUACUGCGAGCCCCCCUGCUGCGCCCCAGCCUCCUGCCUGACCCUCCUCUGCACCCCUGCGAGCUGCGGGUCCAGCCCCUGUCCACCAGCCUGCCCCGGCUCCUGCCAGCCCUCGUGCGGCAGCUGCUCCCCCUGCCAGGAGGGCUGCGGUGUGUCUGUCUGCUGCAAGCCCGUGUGCUGCACCCCCGUCUGCUGCAAGCCCAUCUGCUGCACCCCCGUGUGCUGCAAGCCCGUCUGCUGCACCCCCGUCUGCUGCAAGCCCGUGUGCUGUACCCCUGUCUGCUGCAAGCCCAUCUGCUGUGAAGCAUCCCCUUGCUCAGCCUCCCCCUGCUGCCAGCAGUCUAGCUGCCAGCCCUACUGCUGCAGCUCCACCCCCUGCCAGGAAGACAGCUGUGUGUCUGUCUGUUGCAAGCCCGUCUGCUGCACCCCUGUCUGCUGCAAGCCAGUUUGUUGUACCCCUGUCUGCUGCAAGCCCGUCUGCUGCACCCCUGUCUGCUGCAAGCCCGUCUGCUGCACCCCCAUCUGCUGCAAGCCCGACUGCUGCCAGACCUCCCCCUGCUGCCAGCCCAGCCCCUGCAGACCCUCUUCCUGUGUGUCCCUCCUCUGCCGCCCUGUGUGCAGACCUGCCUGCUGUGCAUCCCCCUCCCUAUGCCAGCCCAUCUGCCGCCCCCAGGCCUCCAGCGUGUCCCUGCUGUGCCGUCCCGUGUGCUCCCGCUGAUGGGACUCGUGACCCUGGGGCGCUGAGCUUAGGCCCCACCCAGGGAUGGUAGGCCUCCCGGCCAACCCUCAGCCCAGCCCUCAGCUGUGCUAGGUAGCUGCCCCCACCCAAGACGGGGUCCCCCUGGGUGUCCAGUCUCCUGAGCUGACUUCACCUCUUCCCUCCUAA